CAACUUUAUAAACCAGAGGUAAUUGCUCAAUUGGAGCAAGAAGAGCAGUGGAUGAUAGAAAGAGACAGCCCACUGGACACCCAUCCAGGUUUGAAUAGGAGGUUUUUUUGAUAAUGACCAGACGCUAAGAGUCCCCAUGCCACCCUACACCACUGUGGAAGAUGCAAGAAUAAGGAACUGUACCAGAGGGUGAGCCAUGGUGACAAAUAGAGGAUAAGAACAUCAAUGUGCUUUACUGGCUUAUAUUAAUAUAAAAAACUAAAGAUGUAAUAUAAUUGGGUUAAUAAUUCAUUUUAUUUGUUGAAACAUAUUUAUGUAACACCUUUAUCCAAAAAGAAUUUGAGGUGAAUUAAUUGAUUUUUAUGAUUACUGCCUUGUUUGACAUUAGUAACAUUUACUAUUAUAAAACAUUAUAAAUGUAAACUGUCAAAAAACAUGAAUAACUGCAAGUGUGGGGAUGCUUCAAUUUCUUGGUUUCAGGUUUUCUCUUGGUCUUCUCGGACAUGGCUGAAGAAACCAUGAGGCUAAGGCCCUGACCAUUGCCUGGGAGAUCCCGGAUAGAAAAGGAAACCACAAUAAAGGCCAGAACUUCAUACGCUACAGUGGACGGUGGACACGCUGGGAAAGCAGAGGCCAGGAACUCCCCAUCGGCUCCCCACCGGCGCAGUCCCCUUUAAGGGAGAGUGGGCGGAGCCCUGCCUUUAGCUCCGCCCACAGCUAGGGGACCUGCGGCCGAGGAGAGGUCUGGGGCAGAGCCGCCUGCGUGCGGCGUGACGCUAUCACGCUGCGACUGGCGCUCUGCGGGUCACGUGGCUGCGCAGCAGAGGCGCGGGCGAUCAAAGCCACAUAAUGUCCGUAGCUCGUUCAUCCGUCCAUGCCAAAUGGAUCGUGGGGAAGGUGAUUGGGACAGCAAUGCAAAAAACUGCUAAAGUGAGAGUGACCAGGCUUGUUCUGGAUCCGUAUUUAUUGAAGUAUUUUAAUAAGCGAAAAACCUACUUUGCUCAUGAUGCUCUUCAGCAGUGCACUGUUGGGGAUAUUGUGCUUCUCAAAGCUUUACCUGUACCACGAACAAAGCACGUGAAACACGAACUGGCUGAGAUCGUUUUCAAAGUUGGAAGAGUCAUAGAUCCAGUGACAGGAAAACCCUGUGCAGGAACUACCUACCUGGAGAGUCCAGUCAGUUUGGAGACAACCCACCUAACCAAAAAUCUAGAAGAACUUGAUAUCUCUUCGUCACAGUGAUGGAAGAUUAGAAGAAGGAGCCAAAGGGAAAAUGUACACAUUUGCUUUAUGGAAAAGAAAUUUUUCUAAGUUUCAUCACAACUUUCCAGUCUCUCUUGUAGUAUUUAUGAAAUAGCUAAAAGUAAAUGAAGCAAAGGGCUUGUUAUAAUUUUUCAUAAAGGUUUAUGGCCAUGUUUCAGAUUUUCUUUUCAGUGGAUAUAGUUUCACAUUGCACUAAGUGUGCCUAGCAAUCUGCUGCAUUAUUUUAUAAGUUCACUGUUUUACAAAAUAUAUUGGUUUUCUUUUUUUCAUUCAAAGAAAUUAUAUUAGAACCUUUAUUUUUAGGGAAGAAAGCCUUUUGAUGUAAACAGUUAAGGCCACAGUAAGUGAAUGUUUUUGAUAGUAUAUAUUCAAAAUAAAUUUAAAUAUUUUGUCUGAUUUCACCAAUUCCAAAAGCAAAUAAUCAACAUGCUUGUGGCCAGACUUUCUUCAGAUUAAGGCAUAGAAAGUAAAAAUUUUUUAAAUUGUGUCAUUUUCUUCUAGGCUAGAUUAAAUAGGAAUGAGUUCCUAAAAUCUAACACAUUGAAUAAGGUGUAGGACCUCAAACACAUGUGCAUUUGAUUUGGAGAGUGAGUUUUAUUGCUAUUCAUUAAUAAACUGAUAACUUAGA